UUGCACAACAGAAGCUUGUAACUGCACCACUAGCUACUUCCAUAAAGGCUGACCGCCUCUCUGACGCUCAGUCAUCGUGACUUUCGUGACAGCUAUCAUCUGUGCUUGGUGUUUUUUUCAGUUAUAUUUUGAAGCUGAUCAGCUGUAUCAUCAUGAAUCUGUGGCUCUGCAGUUAUUUUCUGGUAGCAGGACUGUUUCUGAGCAGCUCGGCCCUGACGCCUGAAGAAUGCCGACCCUUGGUCAAGCCUUUGCCUCUGAUUGAACCAUCAAUGAUGUAUGGCAGGUGGACCACUAUUGCGGGUUACGUUGAUGGUGAAGGAUUAAAUGCCCUUCUACUGGCAACAGAGAGCGUCUGGGUGAAUGUGACUGAAUCACCAUCCAGCCCAAAUGUAUUUAUUUUAUCUGAGAAGGACAAGAUAAAUGGAACCUGUGUGGACCUAGCUAUCAAUGUAACCAUUGAUGGCAACACUGCAUCAGGGUCAGUGGGCGACAUGGUCUUUUCGGAAUUCCACUUGCUGCCGAGCUGUGACGGCUGUUUCAUCUUGAACGUCAACACCACCGUCAGAAACCUCGACAAGUUAUUACAGCAAUUAAACUUCAACAUAGACGUUACAGUGGAGGAGGUCAACGUUCGUGCCAUUUAUUUGAUAGGCAAAGAGUCCACCGUGAAGGACUCCGAACUCGAACAUUUCAAGCAGCAGGCGAGCUGCCUCGGCUUCUCCAGAGAACCAGACUUCAUCUACGACCCCAAGAACGGAUUCUGUGCUUAAGCCGAGGGCAUGAAGUUUCGAACAACUUUUAUAAAUAUUUUAAACUACAGGCUAACUGAGGAAGUCAUGAGACAAAAAGUGACUCAAAACCUCAAACUUCUGGUCCGUAGUUUUGGAUUCAUAGUCUAAUAAAAUGGUAUAACACAAAG